GAAGAUCAAAUGUAUAACAUGUUGAAGCCCAAGACAGUUCCAGUUCCUGUAGAGAAACCACCUGAACAGCUCUCCCCAGCUAAAUCAAAACCUGUGAAGAAAAUCAAGUCAUUACUGAAGUCACCUGAUCAAACAUUAUCCAAUCAGGCAGCAGCAAAUGUGUCACAUGAUCUAGUGAUGUCACCAGUGGGUUCUGGGAGUUCACAACAAGAUAUGUACAAUGCUGGCAUAGGAACUCCUAGACGACCAACCAAUGCUUUCUUAAUGUUUUGUGACCAGUAUAGACAGUCUGUGAAGAAUGAAUAUCUAAGGGAGAAGAAUGCAAUAAUUCCACAGCAAGAAUUAACCAAACGUUUAGCUCUUAAAUGGAGUUCCCUAUCUCACGAGGAUAAAAAGAUCUAUCAGGACAUGUUUGAGAUACAGAAACGUCAACAAGAUGAGGAGCUGAGUCGGUCAUUGCUUGCCCAGAAUGCCGUAAACUCCAUGUACCUAGAGUCUGACGCGGCAGUUUCCUCAUUGCUGGCGGGACAGGAUCUUACCUGAACAGUUUAACUUACUACAUAAUGUGAAUAUGGGAAUUU